UCUAGGUUGAAUGUUGUAACAAGGAAAUUUGUAGUUUUGUUCAUUUUUUUAUAUGGAAUUAACAAAAGUUAGGUUUGUUUUAUGUUCUUGGCAAACUUUUAUACUUGUCUAGUGAUUUUGGCGAAAUGGAGUCGCCGCCGUCGUUUUCUACGCACUCCGAAGUGCCUCCUUUGAGUGAAGACAGCGGUCUGCUGAUUACUAGUGGAUCAUUUUCUAGUGAUUCCGCGAGUGGAUGGCAUCACAACGCAUCCGAGUUACAAGAAAGCGAUUUCGACGAGCGGUCGUUGUCGCUCUGUGAAUCGACGGAGACGUCGGAACGCAUGUGCGGUGAUUUAUUUAAUACAUUGAAGAAAGGCCCAAUGAAACCCGUCAUCAAUGCCAUCGAACCACCUCCUGAAUUUCAGGAUGAUCCGGGGUCAACAAACAUCGACACUGUGUCUGCUUUUGUUGGUACCCGAAGUAAAUGUUUGGCUGUGUGCGUGCCUCCAUCUGUUGUUUUUACAAAUGAUAAUAUAAUUAAAUCUAAAUCGUCGAGCUUAGAAAUUGCGAUGACCACUAGUCAUAUUUCUCCCUUAUAUCCCAGAAAAUUGAAACCCGAGUCACUUUAUGAACGCCGCCAGUGCUUGAAUCACCGAUUCGCGAGUCCGAGACUUUUACAUCUCAGCCCGUGUCGAGCCAAUAGGCCCUCUUCUAGAAACUCUCUCUCUUCUCGCCUCUCCAGCAGUCAUAACUCCCUUGUGUCCCAGUUCCAAGCAGACGAUUCUAGCUUUAUCACUCAGGCUAUAUCUCACGACACUCUGUCCGCCAAAACCUCUGACAUCACUGAUAUGUACAACGUCCCCUUCGAUAGCGACAUUUACGCGGUACCCAUUGAUACGGUCCGGCCUAGUCACAGUAACGUAAGAGGCAAGGGCAAAAAACCACCCAGGAGCAACCGAAAGCGUGGUAAAAGCAGUUCCCAAAUUUUAGGCAGCAGUAGCGCUGCUCCCGAAAGAGUGUUCAAGUCGAAAGAGAUCAGGCACAAAGACACCAAAACGAAACGACACAGUUUGCCCAGCUCAUCUUGCAAAAAGCCCGUCACCGAUUCCGACACUGACUCGCUGCAUUUAACUCUCCGUGAGAUGCGAAAAUAUCUGCACACUCUCUACUCCAGCUCAAGCGAUUCUGAAUGUCGAAACACAGUAAAUAAGAAGAGCAAUACAAUAAUAACAAACGUGGGCAUUCAUGUGCGGCACGCUAACAAAGAGGCGACUGGAACGGCGGUUUUCUUGAAAGAGAGCAACGAUUUACCAAGACCGGUUGAAACAAAUAACAACCACAAGAAGGCAAACAAGAACACUGUUAGCAUUAAUGCGAAACAUAAGAAACACAAAGAGAUUACCGCGAAGGAAAGCGGCGUCUUAGAGGAGAGUAAAGAUAAGUCGAAGAAAGGGAAUCAGACUUCAAAAGUUAAGAUGUCCCCCGUGCGUAUGCUGUCUAUGAAUUUGAAACAAAGCUUCUGCAACUUGUUCCGGUGGCGAAGAACGAGUGAAAGCGACAGCGUCGAGAGAGUUGGCCGUGAGUCGCCCCCAGCGGCCGUGCGAAGGGCUCUGCCUCCGUUGCCUCAGUCUCCACAUCCCUCGAACUCACGCCGCUCGGCAAAUGAAGAUGAGACUAUCAUGGAUUUCGCCACAUCGAUCCAGAAGGUGAAAGAUUAUGGCUGGUAUUGGGGCCCGAUAUCCGUGGAGGCUGCCGAGAAGCUGCUAUCCAAUGAGCCGGACGGUUCUUUCAUCGUACGAGAUAGCAGCGAUGAUCACUACAUCUUUACGCUCACCUUCAAGCUCAACGGACUGAGGCACGUCCGUAUAGAACACGAUCAGGGUAACUUCUGCUUCGGCGGGUGCACGAUGUUCAAGGCGCAGACCAUCGUCGAGUUCAUCGAGAACGCGGUCGAGACGUCGCGCAGCGGCCGAUACCUAUUCUUCUUGAACCUGCGGCCCGUGCUCGGCCCAGUGCGGGUGCAGCUGCUGUACCCAGUUUCCAGGUUCAAGAGAGUGCAGAGCCUGCAGCAUAUGUGCAGGUUCGUGAUACUGAAGUACGUGAGGCGCGACCUGAUCAGCAGCCUGCCGUUGCCGAGGCGAAUUCUGGACUACCUGAGCACCACUCACUACUACUCCGAGCUUCUCUCCGAGAUCUAAACCCAGUGGAUAUAUUGUAACGACACAAGAAGCGCAUACUGGCGACCAUUACUCUUAUAUCGUACCAUGACCGUACUAGACUGGCACAAUUAUCGUUUGAAGUGAAUAUUUACAUACAUUGGCAUUGAAACUUUAAGGCAACUUAAUUAUAGAUUUAGAUUUUCUCUGGUCUGGUCUCUUUAGGGAGGCUUCGGCCGAGGCUAGUUACCACCCUUCCAUCAAACACGUGCCACUGAGACAUAAAGCAUAAAAAUAUAUUAAAAGAAUACAUUUGAACAAAUGUCAUCUCGGUAAAUAUACAUUUUGUUCCACUUAUCAUCCGCGUUAGUGGUGUUAUAGAGAAAUUCCGUUUGGCCGUUGUUGGUUACCGUUCGUUCCGGUAUUAUGUCGCGUAGAAACCGUUUAGUGGAAUAUGAAAAUGAUUUUCUUUUUUUCGACUCUAUAUGGCGUACUUAAAAAAUGGCUACAUCCUCAAUCUUAAAGCGGUUUGUAAACAAACUCAAAGCCACAAUGAUUUUUGCGAUAGGAUUACUAAACUAAUAAUUAAACAUUUGGGUUAACUAUUAGUUAACCAAAAUUUUUUUGUGACCGUGUAUAAAAUUUUUAAAAAAAUGCGGUUUGUGUAACGUUUAUACAGCUAAGAAUAAUUAUAAGAAAUAAACAGAUCGCAGUUUUUGUUUAUAUCAUUGAGAGCGUAAGCGAUACACCGUUAACUUGAUAUUCUUCUCGUAAACAAGCUAGUAAUAAACAAAGAAAAAACAAACUUACUACUACUUGACAUAUUUUUUUAGUAAAGUAUGUUGUCACGCUGUAAUAGACCCAGAGAGACCCAGCUUGUAAACGAAUUCUACUUUAACUCUUCUCAGUUAGUUUUAAAACAAGACCGACUUAUGUCGGAAAAUAUUUUAACGGUUCUUAAUCUGCGAUAAGGCUAAAAACGCUUUCUAGAUCUCAGCCUAAGAUCAGUCGCUGUAUUGUUCGCAGAGUUUCAGCAUUGGGUAUCGAUAAAAUCGGGAGAACGUGAUACUAAUCUUAUAACGGAACUUUCCUUCAGAAUGAACGUUGCAAACGGGCGGAUAUUAUUACGGGUUAGGUUAGGUUAGGGGUCUUAAUAAAAGCGUUUUUAUUAAAUUUAUCUGG